GGAAGCUGUUUUUCGUGCACCCGUAAUCCUGACCCUACAGACGAAGAUGGACAAUUUGAAGAAGAUGGACAAUUUGAAGAAGAUGGACAUCCAUCUGAAGAAGAUGGACGAUUUGUCUGCGAAAAUUGCGGAAAACGCUUGAAGUAUAAGCGGAACUUAAAAAGGCAUCUGAAUACGGUCCAUUCUGAUGAAAGGCCAUACCUCUGCCCUGAAUGUCGCGCAUGUUAUCAACGUGGCGACCACCUCAACCGCCACAUGAAGAACUGGCACCCUCCAAGCUCAUCUGAAGCCCAGGUUGAGCAACAAAUAUGAAGGCCAUUUCUCCAACUCUUCCUGAACUUAGUGACGAAGAUAAGACCCACGCCGACGUUCGCAGAAUAAGGAAUGCAGUGGUGGCAGACAAGGAGGCAGAAAGCUGCAAAAUGUUUGAUUAUUUCGAUACGGCAUUAGAUGACAGUUUACUUACCAUUUUCAAUAUACCGGAAUCUGGUAAAGGUAAAGGUAAAGACGUUGUACAACUUGAGAGAAAUGUGCGAGCUAGCACCCCGAAAGGAAGUGAAAUUAGCCAUCAAAAUUCAACCAGACUUCACGUGUCAUCUGACGAAAGUUGUAGGAGCAAUGACGUCACUACUGAACAAUCGAUGGUGGUGCCUCAACACGCAGGUGACGUAUCAAUUGCCCCAUCGUCAGGAGAUAACAGCAACAUUUCUGCUGCACAGUCGAUGAUGCCUCAACGCGAGGCUGAAGUAUCAAUUGCCCCAUCGUCAGGAGAUGACAGCAGCACUUUUGCUGCACAGUCGACGGUGGUGCCUCAAGACGUAGCUGACGUAUCAAUUGCCCCAUCGUCAGAUGACAGCAGCACUUCUUCUGCACAGUCGAUGGUGCCUCAACACGUAGCUGACGUAUCAAUUGCCCCAUCGUCAGGAGAUAACAGCAGCAUUUCUGCUGUACAGUCGAUGGUGGUGCCUCAAGGCGAAGCUGAAGUAUCAAUUGCCCCAUCGUCAGGAGAUGACAGCAGCGCUUCUACUGCUGCACAUUCGAUGCUGCCUCAACGCGAAGCUGACGUAUCAAUUGCCCCAUCGUCAGGAGAUGACAGCAGCACUUCUGCAGCUGCUGAGUCGAUGGCGGCUCAAGACGAUAACAAUUCAACUAAUGCUGCAGCUGAAGUAUCAAUUGCAGCAUCGUCAGCAGAUGAUGAUGCUGCUGCAGCACUUCAGCAGCCAGCUCAAGACGACACUUCAUCGGGAGUUGAGCAUGAAGAGUUUGCUGAAAUACCGGUUGUUGCAUCCUCCUCGCAAGCAGCUGAAGGAGCUGCACCUGAUCACGUGAAACCAUGUUCAAAUAUACUGUUAAAAGCUGCAAAGAAGUGCCUCAGAAAAUAUAUCAAGGAGUUCAAAGAAGCUGUUGGAAGGCACGCACUUCUCAUACAGCGCAAUGAUGAACCUUUUCAAGCAGCUACUUUUCAUAAUUAUGAUUUAAAAUUAACUGCCAAAGUACUUAAUUACUCUGUAAAGGUUAAAGUUGUAACGUUAAAAUACUAAAUUUUGUUUCCAUUUGUUCA